AUGUCAAUCAUGGCAACCGACAGAAGGGCCAGCCCUCGAAGGGAGCAAAACCCUCCAUUCAUCAUGACAUCUGACCAGAGAGUUGGCCCUCUAAGAGAGCGGAUUCCUCCAUCCACCCAUGACCUGUUCCGCACCAUUCACCGAGCAAUUAUUGAAACGUCGAGGUCGACCUCGAUCAAAGAGGUUCUGAAAUUUAAGGACAUUGAGCCGGAGAUAGGGAGGCAUAUUGUUGGUCUUCUGUUGGAAGAUUGGGAGGUUGAGCGCAUUCGUCCUAGCACAGCCUCAUGUAAUGUGGCCGUGGAGACCAGCAAGGCUGUCGAGCCUCCUCAACCCAGCGCGGCUAUGAAGUCUCUGCAGACUGCCCGCUUCGUGGCUGAUCUGAGCAAGAUUUCUUACCCUUCGUCGGUCACCUCUCCUAACCAGGCUCUGAACGCCAGCACGCCCACGGAAUGCAAGUUCCAACAACAAGAAACUGGCUCGGCAGACUGGCUGGCCCAUUACUCAGACGCAAGUCUAUAG